AAACAGAAAUUUUUUUCUCUCCCACGAAGUCCGAAACACAAGCAGAGUUCCAAAAUAAACAGUUACCAUAAUAUCAUACGAAAUACAGUGCUUUGAGAGUGCUUCCAUGGCGGCUGAAAACAAACCCAAGAAUGGAGGCAACAGCACCAACUUCAAUGGCAAGAAGAGAAAGCAUUUUCUCCCUCACAACAAACCCGUGAAGAAGAAAGGAGCCUACCCUUUGAGACCCGGAGUUCAAGGCUUCUUCAUCACCUGUGAUGGUGGCCGGGAACGCCAAGCUGCUCACGAGGCUCUUUUCGUUAUUGAUUCUUUUUUUGACGAGCUGGUCAAUGAGAAGGUUUCUGGUAAGAACCUUGCUGGGAUACCGAAUAAACCUUUGAAUAAAAAGAUUGUAUUUGCAUCUUCUAGUAGUGAUGAGGAGGAUGAUGAUGACGAGGAGGAGGGUGAGGGAGAAGGGAAGCAAUCAGAUUCUUGUGGAGACGAUGAUACAAGGCAGGAAAAUUUAACAAAUGAGAAGUCAGAUCCUCAUGAUUCCAAUAAUGUUUGCAGUGGAAAUGAAAUUGAGGGAAUGACUGGCGAAAAUAAAGAGGAAGAUAAAAAUCCUGAAAGUCAAGCAAAUGAGUCUGAGGAGCCACCGGCCAAGAAGCAGUGCUUAGAACCUGAAGCAUCGAAACCUGCGCCGAAUGAAAAAGUGGAGGAGAAGUCCAUUGACAAACUCAUUGAAGCUGAGCUUAAAGAACUUGGGGACAAAAGUAAGAGGCGCUUUGUCAACCUUGAUUCAGGCUGUAAUGGUGUUGCCAUCAUUCAAAUGCGGAAGAGAGAUGGAGACCCUGGCCCAAAAGACAUUGUACAGCACAUGAUGACAUCUGCUAAGUCGACAAGGAAACCAGUCUCAAGGUUCAUCUUAAGAGUGUUACCAGUUGAAGUGUCAUGCUAUGCUUCAGAGGAGGAAAUUCAAAGAGCAAUCAAACCUCUUGUGGAACAGUAUUUUCCAGUGGAGACUCAAAACCCUCAAAAGUUUGCUGUGUUGUAUGAGGCUCGUGCAAACACCGGAAUUGACAGGAUGAAAAUAAUAAAUUCAGUGGCUAAAUCUGUUCCUGCACCUCAUAAGGUUGAUCUUAGCAAUCCUGACAAGACAAUUAUAGUUGAAAUUGUCAAGACCGUGUGCAUGAUCGGGGUCGUUGAGAAGUACAAGGAGUUAUUGAAAUGCAAUCUGAGGCAGUUGACAUCACCUAAGCAGUAGAUGACAACUUCACAGAUCGAGCACUGAUAUGUGAGACUUGUUAUCUAGGAGUUUAUAACAAAUGUGAAAUUAUGAAAGAGGAUUAGCAGUAAGAAUGAUCUGUGGUUCAUUAAUGAUGCAGCAUUAUGAAAAGUUUCCUUACAAGGAUAAUAUCAGCAUGAAGCUUUUUAAACAAAUCUUUUC